CUCAACAACGCACGCCGCACGGGCACGGCUUCACAAGCUCCCUUCCGAGAGGAGGAGAAAGGAAGGGAAGGCAAGCUCCACCGAGGAGAGAUGGCGGAGCGCCUCACCCAGGAGGAGAUCGACGAGUUCAAGGAGGUGUUCAACAUCUACGACAAGGACCGGAACGGUACGUGCGUGUGUAGGGUUCGCAGUGUUUUUCCUAAAACCCUUGUGGGGUUCAGGCGCUUUAUCACUAGCAAAGAACUGGGAACUGUGAUGAAGUCCUUGGGUAAAAAUUUCACCGAGCCUGAACUGCAGGCUAUGAUCAAGGAUGUUGAUGCUGAUGGAAACGGAUCCAUUGACUUUCAUGAAUUCUUGAACCUUAUGGCACACAAACUGAAGGACACUGAUUCAGAGGAAAAACUGAGAGAAGCAUUCGAUGUGAUUGACAAGGAUGGGGAUGGCUAUAUCUCUGCAACUGAGCUUCGUCAGGUGAUGACCAACUUAGGAGAGAAAGUGACUGACCAGGAAGUGGAGGAGAUGAUCCGGGAGGCGGACACGGAUGGAGACGGACGUGUGAGCUUUGAGGAGUUCAAGCGAAGGAUGCUGGACAAUUGAGUAGAAGGCACCAUGUUGCAGCACAUGUUGCUGUUGCCAGACUAACUGCUUAGACAUGUAGUGUUGUUGCUCUUCUUACCAGCACCUGUCGCCUGUACUUAGUUCUCCUUUCACUGUCAGUUGCGUGGGUUUCACCCAUCUAAAGUUUUGAGGAACUUAGGAGUACAUGCCACUUACGUAGGUUUUCACCUGUCCAAAGUUUUGAGGAACUUAGGAGUAUAUGGUUACAUGGUUAGAAGCAUUUAUCAACUGGAUUCGUCAAUGCUGAGAUAUAAUUGUUCUCCCCUA